GCUCAAAUAGCUUUACAAAAAAAACCAAAUAACGAUAAUGUACAUCGUUCUCAUUCUCAACAAUGUUUAGGAUUACCUUCAACAAGAUCUCGUUCUUCAAGUAGAAGUUCUAAUGUUAGUAAUUGGUUAAUGAAUCAUUGUUCUUCUGCUACUUCCGGUUGGGAAUGUGGUUGUGGAUAUUGUAUACUUUGUUUAGCUCCUGAUAAUAUGUCAAUCAUAGAAAGUAGACCUGCUUCAACAAGAACUACUCCAAGACCUUCGAGACGUAAUUCCGUUUCCGUUUCUUCUCGUCAAAAAUGUCAAAAAUGUUUAAAUUAUGGAAUACCUGAUAUACCUGAAGAAAAUUCUUCCUCUUUCAACAAAAAGCAACAUCAAUUAGCUAUACUUAAACGUCUUUAUCGACAUCAACUUGAGCAUAAAAGUGAUUAUAAAAAAAGUUGUGAAAAUUUAGAAUUGGAAUUACAAAAAUUUGUUUCUACCGCUUUAAUGGAUUCUUAUUCUUGUGAUGAUCAUGAAACUAUUGAUGGCUUUACUUGUCACAAAUGUAGAAAUGAUUUAUUUGUAGAAGCUCCUAAAAAAGAGGUUACCAUAUGGAGAAAACGAAUAUGGAAUUAUUUAAAAGAAAAAAUCUUACCUUCCCCUUUAAUUUCUUCAACUACAAGUUAUAAUUCUGAAGAAAUACUUGGUGAUGAUUUUGUUGAUUUUACUCAUAAUAAUUGGUCAAAUUAUUAUGAUGAGUACUCAAAUUCUUCUUCUCAUUCGUCCUAUUCACAUGAUACUAGAAAUGAUGAUGAUUCUACUCCAUUUCCUUCUUCAUUUGGUCAAAAUAUUUUUUGUAACGUUAACAUUGAUAGUAAGGAAAAUAAGGUGUCAAAAGAGGAUAUGACAAGGGAUGCGGCAAGGGAUGUGGCAAAGGAUGUGACAAAAAAUGUGAAAUCAAUUUCAAAACAAAAUAUUCAAUCAAUCACAAAACGGUGCAUGAAUUUAUUAGCUAUAAUUGGCGUUUUGGUCGGAAUUUUACAAAAUGGUUUCAUCCCUUCUAAAAGAAAUGGUAAUCUCAAUUUUAAUUCUAAAAGAACUUUAAUUAGAGGUCCGAUAUUAUUAGACAUUAUUUCUCGUGCAUUAUACACAAAAAAAAAUCGUAGUGUGAAGAGUAAAAGAGAUAUGUUGGUUAUGAUGGGG